CGAAAUACCGUUGGUCAUGCUCUCUGAUUAUCGUAUCUUCCUCCAGUUUCCGUUGAAGCUGAUACAUAUAUCCGUAAGAUGUCGCUCGGAACAUACAGCGGUUUCGGCUAUUGUUUUGAAAUGUUGCUGGGGCGAGACGGGAUAAACAAAGGCUGUUGCGAAACAGAGAACUGAAGGAAAAGAAUAUAGUCACCUCGUAAAAUGGAUACAUACAGAGUUCAGCUUCCACAUCCACAACCUGUUUCUAAUGAAGAAGAAUUUAUAACAAACAGUGGGAGAAGAAUGAAACGUCCGGUUGUUAAUAUUACAAAUAAUGAAAAUGUGACUGAAACUGAAACUGACAAUCAUAAUGAAGAGCAUGAGCUACGUUUGUUAGAUGGCGACGAUAUGUUGGGGAGUGGGCUCAGUGUUUUGUCACCAAAUUUGGAGGAUGAAUUGACAGCAAGAGAUCAUCAGUUAUCAAGUAGUAUUCAUGCCGAACUUCAUUUAAGUCUCGAUCGUCUCAGUGAAAAUUAUGAUCAUGAUGAUAUAAAAAGAAUGCAAGAAAAAAGUAAACAAAGCAAAAGACAACUCUCUGUUGAUAGAAACAUGGAAAGUGUCUCUCCACAUUCUCAGCAAGCUGCAGAUGCAAAAUAUAUUGCAAGUAGAAAAGAAAGUAAUCUUUUUAAAGAUUCUUUAGAUGUUGAUGAUCAGAAUAUCCAUCAGGAAAUCAAUAUUUCUGAUGAGGAUGAUCAUACUAUUGUUGCUGAUUCUUUGAAUUAUUCAUCAUCAAGAGAGGCUGCUACCACUCCUGCUUCAAAGUUAAGUGAAACCAGUAUUCCAGAAUCUAUCCGGACACCGAUUAUAUCGAAACAUCAUCAUCUUCAAAAUUCAGAAGAUAAAUAUGCUGAUCUAAGAUACAAUCCAAAUUGGAGAAAAAUAGAAAAUACACCGCAUGAUAAUGUUGAAGUUGCAUCACCUGUUGUUAUUGAUUUCAAUGAUGCGCCGAAGUUGGAUGAUAGUUUGGAUCAAUCCACCAAUUCAUCAAGAAAAGGUGGUGGUGCUAUCGUUGUUCAUAAAAAAGAGUUAUAUUCACCAGUUGUGCCUGACUGGGGCAACGAAAAGAUUCCACCUUUUAGCUCAAGAAGUAUUUCUCCAACUCGCCUAAGUACUGAUCCAGUUAGAUUACAACAAACAAAUGCAAGAUUGGAAGAAGAAUAUAAUAGAAUGUUGCAAGCUGAAAUUUCAAAUUCAGCAGGAGUGAAUAGUCAAAUGGAAACUUUUCCGCAACAAAAUCCACAAAAAAUAACACCAAUUCAAGAGGAACCUCCAAGUCCACGAAAAGAAAGCUAUUCCGUGUUAAUAAGAAAAUUAGACUCACAGGAACAGAGAACUGAUACUAGAGAUACUGCUAAAGUUGGAGGUUAUCAGAUUCUACCCGAUCGUCACCGAAUUCCUUCACCAAGUCGAGGUCCUAGCUCGCAAGAUAAUAACAGCCCAGAUCGACAAAAAAUUCCGAAACGGAACAGUCAACAAGGCCGUUACAAAUCACCUGAACCAAUACAACUGGAUAAAAAUGACCCUUUACUUGCGUUGAGUCCGAGAGAGAAAGUUAGAAAGAACGUAGCGCCAACUCCACCGAAAAUGCCUAAACCGAAGAAUAAAGAUUACAUUGAGCUAAACAAGCAAAGAUUGGGAAGAAAAACCAACUCAGCAGGAUAUUUAGAUCUUCAUAACAAGAGAGCAAGACAAACUGAUUUGGUGAAAGCAAGAUCACAGUCGGAAUUGAAGGGCGCUGUCAGUCAGGUACAUCAAUACCACACUGCUCAACAACUUAGUCCAAUUAGACAUGAUGAAAAUCAAUUUGUGGAUGGAACAGCAGAAGAUAUAUGGUCUAAGCAGGCACAGAGAUUAAAAGUUGCCAAAGGUGAGAAUGUUAACAAAGGAAAGAUUCAGAGGCGGCCAUGGAUACCAAGAGAAAAUGGUGCGGCUCCUGCUCCAUCAAAUAUUCCAAAUCAACCAUGGAACAACAACACAACACAUAACAUUAUGCAACAUUUGUCUGAAGAAGCCUGGUAUUCACAUAAUGAGGAAGAAUUUGUUGAAACAGGAGUUUUGGACACAAGGUUACAUCAACAAAACAACAGAAAUUUGAUGGUAAAUCGACGUGCUUUACCUGUCCCAUCACAACAAAACUCUCAGCCGAAUUAUAGGCAAAUUUCACCACGAAAAGACGAAUUAAUGGAUUCUUUAAAUGAAUCUGGUUUCAAAAGAGCCUAUUUUUCUCCACGAAUGAACAUGAUGAAUCCUGCUGCACAACAUGAAAGCCCUCUGAUGAAAGCUUACCAAUCCCAAUAUGGCGGUGAGUCCCAUGAAGGUCUUGGCUUUACAAGGAGAAACGAAGUUCUUAGGCAACAUUUUAGUGAACAAAAUUUGAAUUUACCUCCCCGACAAAACCUAUCACAAAGACAAACUGCUGAUAUAUGGAGAAAUCCAAAUGAUGAAGAAAUCUUCAAUCCAGCUACAUUACCACCUUCUAACCAUUCUAAUAUGAGAAAUGUCAACAGAAAAGUGACCUUUCUUGGGGAUAAUGAACCUAUCCAAUUAGAAGGAUUAAUGGAUGAAGAACCCUUUUCUACUUCUUCUGUUCAACCAAAUGGCGUUGGUGUAUACGGUUUGAAUAGAUAUAGAGUUCCUUUGCCUCCGACCCCACCUUCUAAAUCACUGAGACAUACAAUUGAUAGAGGACGAGGAAGACCAGUUGGAAAAGAAAACGUUGCAGUAGAUGAUUAUUUUAAUGUCAGAGAAGAUAAUUAUUCUGUUUUACCACCAAUAUUGAAAUCAAAUCAGAGAAAUAAUUCAUUGAAAUCGUCUCCCAAUAAAGAAACCAUAUCACCAGAUAGGAAUGGAUAUCUUGAACAACAUGAAAGACAAAGGAAGAAAUUUCAAUACAAGAUCUACACAUUAAAUGAUUACAAAAAUCUAAAGAAAGAUGUCAAACUUGGAGGUCUCGGUCCUGAUCUUGAAAGUGCCAGAGAAAAACAUGGUAAUGUUGAAAAGGCAAAACAAUAUGCAGAAUUAAUAAGAAGAGAACACAUGUUGACUGCAAAGAAAAUAACCACAGAUGAAAAUGAGAUAUCCUUCCAUGAUGACACAUAUCAUUUUUCCGCCACAAUGGAUGACAAACAGAGGAAGGAUAUGUUGGAUAAAAGAAAACGGGCCAUCGAAUAUUCGAAACACGUACCUCGACCCAAACCGAAACCUGCAAAGCCUUCAAGCAAGGAUAGUAACAUAGCAUCUGAGACACCUAUGUCUAAUUUUACAAGCCAUCGUUCUCUGUCUAAUGGCCCAAAUGAACAAAAUGGAAUCGACUUUAACUUUGGAUUGUUGGAAAUGUUAAAAGAACGACACGAAAAAGAAAAAGCACAAGUAGCAACAUUCACUGGCAACAGCUGAUGCUGGUGUAAUAAUCAGACUUUCAACUUGGUGUUUCUCAGAUAGUCAGAAUAAUGAUAUCCAGUGGAUUUAAAAAUGCACAAAAGCCAUUUAUUUACUGUUGGAAGUUGCGACUUUGAAGUUGAAUUAUCAGUGGAUUUCUUUAACUUAAUUAGUAUGUAUCUAUCAUCCUACUAUCUUAAUUCAGAUAGUCGUAACCUAGGCCUGGCUUAUAAAUAAAUGUAAAUCCUGGUAAUUAUUCACAAUUGCACAAUUUAUCGAAUACAUUCUGUGCCAAGGCAUAAUUACAUUGAUUUGUGUUUGCAGUUCUGAAUUGAUUUCAUGCAGUAUAAUACUUAUUGAUUAGGCCUCAUAAUAUUAGGCAUCAUUUAUCUUAUUGAAUAAUGUUGUAUUCUUAUGACUGGUACAUUCAUCCCAAUUGAACUUUUGUGAGUUUGUUCUUGGGUUUUCUGUUUAUCAGAUUUCUGUGAAUUUAAUUUGCUUUCAACUAAGUAAGCUUGUCUUGAAAUGCAUUGUGAAAAGCAUAGGCUUGAUGUCGUUUGUCCGUGCAUUACUUGUUCCAGUGAUGGUAUAUGUCAGAAGUGCUUUCAAGCGUUUUUUUGCAAUUUUAUACUUAAACGCUUUUAUACAGUAUGUUUGUUUACAAGACUCAUUAUGAUGUAAAAAGUAGCAGAUAAAUAUAUUUUCAUUAGUGGUAUCUACUGUAAAUUUCAUUUCUCUUUAACAUAUUAUCAUAACUCGUCUAAUUUGUCACUGUAUUUUGCAUUAAUUGGUAUUAAGCUGUCUCACGAAGUAAAUUUAUUCGCGGAUAUUUACACGUUCUGGAAACAUUUCACUGUAUUAUUAUAUAUUAAAUCGAAUAAAGGUACAUUUGUAUUUUCGUGCCGAUUUCUUCAAGCGUCUUUUUUUAAAUAAAAAAAACACAUAGAUUGGUGUAUAUCUUUAA